AUGGCCAUGCGAUCCAUCGCUAUGGCGCGACGCUGGCGCCCCGCGGUCGUGAUGGAAUUUGGGCUGCGCUCCUUCCUUCGCGUACAGCGUGGAAGGCUGCCCUUGCUGCGCUGCGCUGCUUCCGCGGCCCAGGACGACCGAUCACAGGACAUCGACUGGUCCUCCUGGCGGGCUGGUGGUUGGCAGCUCACAGCUGAGAACUUCCGGCGAAGUCCACUGGGCGCGUAUUGGAAGGAUGUUCCCAAGCAUCCUUUGGCCGCCGAUGAUUUCAUGGGUCGACAAGCCAUAUUCUCAAAGCUGAUGGCUUUGGAGCCAAUCUCCAAGAUCUUCGGCCCUUCUCAGAUCCAUGGCCUGCCUACGCGGCACUUCUUUUGGGGUUACAGCGCUCAGCUGGACUGGCAAUGGCGGACGGGACGCCUGGGGGAUGCCAACGGACGGAUCAGCAGCGACAGUUGGUUUGGGGCGAUGAACUACUCCUUAUGUGUGGUUCCUUUGGCUGCCGCUCUAGAUGCUGGCCUUGUGUCCACUAAGGAGGUAGAAAGCGUUGAUUUUGAGGAAGCCGAGCGAAAGGAGUUUGCAGCCGCCCGAGCAGAAUGGGUUCGUUUCUGGAGAUCUUUGCAGUCACGAGCAAAGGAGCCAGAGCCCUUGACCACAGAAGAGCAUGACAAGCUCCGUGCCCACGUUUGGACUUGUCACAUGAGUUCCCUGCACGCAGCACGUCCGUUGUAUCAAGCGCUCCUGGAGCCUUUGCCACUGGAUGAGCGACGCUUCUGCGAAGGAUGGACCUGCUUUGUUGAUUUGUUAGCAGCCAUUCGCUUUCGCACUGACUUGGACUUUCUUUUCACCACGGGUGCUGGCUACCUGCCACUGCAGUUGCCGGAGGACAUUUCCAGGCGCCAUGCGCUGGACGUUCAGGACUGGGAACUGCAGCGGAUGCGCCAAUCUACCAAGGUCGCGCAGCAAGUGGGCAGAAUGAGUUCCUACAGUCUCAGUCUCUUGGUUUCGCUUUGGCGCCGCGCCACCCGACGCUUACACCGCCGGGAGCGAGCACAUGAGAUCGUGCAAGAGCUCGGACGACCUGAGGUGAAACCUCAGCUGAUGGUUGCCUGGUCCCUUUACGCAAUCCUGCGGCUACUGGGCUGGUUUGUGUGGCCAUGA